AUGUUGAGAAACGUGCAGCGGCUAGCCAGCAGCCUGCUGGUGCAGGCGGAGGCAUGCAGCACAUCAUGCAGCGGCAGCAGCAGCUGGGAGGCGCUGCGGGGAAUCAGCAGCACCGCAUGCGCGCAACGCCGGCUCUUCCCAGCCGGGGAACCCGUGCGGCCAGAAGAUGUGGUGUCCACCAUUGACCGGCCGUACCUUGUAGACAAGCUCCUCAGCCCCGAGCUGAUGAACCGGCAGCAGCACAAGAAGCUGCAGCGGCGCGAGGUGCUGCGAGAGUUUGAGCGCUUCCCUGGGGACACUGGGUCAACGGAGGUGCAAGUGGGAGUGCUGACCCGGAAGAUUGCAGACAUGGCGGAGCACAUGCGGCAGCACCGCAAGGACUAUAGCUCACGCAGGGGUCUGGAGGCCAUGCUGAACCAGCGGCGCAAGCUGCUGCAGUACCUGCGGCGCAGCAAGUUCGACAAGUAUGCGGUGCUGAUCAGCCGGCUGGGGCUCAAGGACUCGUAUGGACCGCAGGACCGCCUGUCGUCGCGCUACAAGCCCGCGCCCACCGGCGGCGCCAAGUAG